AGACUUUUGGCUCAGCGACCCGUUUCCCUGAAAGCAUGAAAUGGGCAGUCCUGGCGAUUUGUUGCACUGUACAGGUUUCAUGUGAUGGCACCUGCUUGGGAGGCUUUCCGGAGCUCGACGUGCAAGCCGAUGACGCAGGAUUUUCGGUGAGAAUCUCACCCAAGCAUGGCCAGGGUUUAGACUCCGUUUGGUUGGCCAACUGGCUGAAAGAGCAUACACAAUGGCUGAAGAACGUGUUCUUCAAGUAUGGAGCAGUGAUCUUCCGCGGGUUCUCUAUUCCGGACGCCUUGGCGUUCGAGCAGGUGGCUCUUGCUCUGCUGCGGGACUUGGAGAGAGUCUACCUUGGGACCUCUCCACGCAGCUCAAUUAACGGCACAACCUACGUACAUACUGCCGCAGAUUUCGACCCGCAUCGAACGGUGCCAGUGCAUCUGGAAAUGUCAUUCCGUAGUAAGCCGCCAGCCACACAGAUGUUCUUUGCCAACAAAGUUGAUCAAUGGAAAGGUGGUGAGACACCUUUGACCGAUUUCCGUGGAGUUUGGGAGCAGCUUCGUGAGAAUCCGGAGUGGCAGUUGAAAUUCGGCAACGGCAAAGUGAAGUAUAUUCGCAACAUGGACGACUGCAGCGCGGUUGGACACUUCGACCCCUUGGUCCAGAAGUGCUGGCAGAAGAUGUUUAAAGAUGAGAAGGAUGUCAUGCAGAAGUGCGCCGACGAAGAUUUUAAUUGCACCUGGGGUGCUUCAAACAAGUUGACCCUCAGCAACGUGCAGCCGUUUGUGAGAAAGCAUCCCAUCACUGGCGACGAAGUGUGGUUCAACCAUAUCAAUGUAUUGCAUAAAGAUUCCAUGGCAGCUGACUAUGCUCGGACAUCUCACCUUUGGGGAGGUCUGGUGCAGGUUUGGCCGCUUGCAUUGUCCUUCUACUACAGAGCACUGUUUGGGCUGCUGGACUUUUUUGUUCCCGAGAAAGAGCUUGGCUCAACGGCUGUGUUCGAGAACGGCGAGGUGUUUUCCAAAAAAGAGCUCAGCGAGAUGAAGGCUGCCAUUCAUGCAAACACAAUUCAGCACGCCUAUGCGGCGCAUGAUGUUGUACUUGUUGACAAUUUGAGAGUGGGCCACGGCCGGGAAAUUUACUUGGGUGGAAAAGGUUCUCGCCAGAUCUUCACUGCAUGGUCCAAUGAGUAUCCACAAUCUUGGCAACAAGAUGCCGUUUUGGAUACUCAGGAUGCCACUCUUGGUGAUGUUUGAUUCUGAUCUUUUACAGGCGGAGGGUGCGAUGCUAACCUCACGCUUCACUUAGUGCGACACGAUAGCUACACGUGCUACGCACAUUGGACAGCAAAUUCGGAUGUCAAGGAACAACUACCAUUCCUUGCAGAAACUUUGACACGUUUAGCGACAAGAGAAACUGCGUGCCUC